UUUGCCAGUUUCCAAAAAAAGUUAAAAAUUAAGCUUUGCCCUUAUUGCUAAUCAUUUGACUUCCCGGCGGCGCUUUAUACAACAUGGGGCGUGUUCGCGGUUGCUGUUGUCGGACGUUUCUUUCUUUGCUCUUCUUCGUUGCCGGCGGGGUGGUUUACGGCUACCCUGAAGAAGAUUUGGUGGUGGGACUGCCCGGGCAGCCGGAAGUAACUUUCCUGCAAUACGCCGGCUACGUAGAUACCGACGAGAGGGCCGGCCGGAGUUUGUUUUACUACUUCGUGGAAGCUGAUCGGAAGGAUGCCCAUAAUCUUCCCCUCACUCUUUGGCUGAAUGGAGGUCCGGGAUGUUCCUCCAUCGGCGGCGGCGCCUUUACGGAGCUGGGUCCCUUUUUUCCGUCAGGCGACGGCCAUGGUCUUCGAAUUAACUCCAAAUCGUGGAACAAAGCAUCGAACCUUCUAUUUGUUGAGGCACCGGCAGGGGUAGGAUGGUCAUACUCAAAUACAAGCACUGAUUAUUCUAAUUGUGGGGAUGACAGCACAGCUCAUGAUAUGCUAACAUUCAUGCAAAAAUGGUAUGAAAAAUUCCCAGAGUUUCUUGACAAUCCCUUGUUCCUCACCGGGGAAAGCUAUGCAGGACAUUACAUUCCCCAAUUAGCAAGUCUUAUGAUAGACCACAACGAAAACCUCAUCAAGGGGCACAAAUUUCAAAUCAAAGGUGUAGCGCUGGGAAAUCCGCUGGUGAAGCUUGAGAGAGAUGUGCCGGCGGUGACGGAGUUUUUCUGGUCCCACGGGUUGAUUUCGGACGAAAACUAUAACGCCAUCAAGAGGGAGUGCGACUUCGACGACUAUAGCUUCAUCUACCCCCACAACGAAUCCGGUCCGUGCAACGCGGCGAUCAUCGAGCAGUACCGUGUCGUGACGAACUACGUGAACGUUUACGACGUCAUUCUCGACGUCUGCUACCCCUCCAUCGUUCAACAAGAACUCAUUUUACACAAAGUGAUAACUAAGAUGAGCAUGGAAGUGGAUGUGUGUAUAACACAAGAAAGGAGUUUCUAUUUGAACCUUCCACAAGUGCAGAAGGCUCUUCAUGCAAAUCGGACCAGUUUGCCCUAUCCAUGGCAGACUUGUGCUGACUUUGCAAUGUUGAACUACAGCCAGAUAGAUGGUGAUGCGGAUGUGGUUCCCUUACUUAAAAAAAUAUUGCACAACCAAAUCCCUCUAUGGAUAUUCAGUGGGGAUCAAGAUUCAGUGGUGCCAUUGGUGGGGUCAAGAACGGUGGUUCGGGAGCUAGCGGCCGAGCUGAACAUGAACAUCACCGUCCCCUACGGUGCAUGGUUCCACAAAGGCCAAGUGGGAGGGUGGCACACGGAGUACGGGAAUCUGUUGACGUUUGCGACGGUGAGAGGGGCGGCGCACAUGGUGCCGUAUGCACAGCCAGGAAGAGCACUGCACCUCUUCAGCUCGUUCAUCCGAGGAAGGAGAUUGCCCAAUUCUACCUCCAUUCCUAUCGAUGAUCGUCAAGAAUAUUACUAUUGAUUUACUCCCAUCCUUUUACUAUAUUAGUGUAUUAUUAGGCUUCAAUUUUGACCUUGUAUUUAUAUAUAUUGACCUUUUGAUAAUUAUUCAGACUCUCAAGUAGUACUAUAUUUAGGGCAUGUUUGUGAAUAACAAUAGAGAUUAGUGUUAGUGUUUUGAAAAAAUUAUCUGCGGAUAGCUUUAGUUUCUUCAAAAUUAUUCUGUAUCAUUAAAAAACUUAUCCAAAACUUUAACGCCAACUAAAAAUAUGCCAAUAAGUUACUGUAUUUGUU